UCGUUCCCAAAAAAAAGCCAAUUUGCAAUAGUUCGUUCCCAAAGUAGUUUGUUCCCAAAAUAAUUAUGAAAAUCCAAGAGAUUAAUGCUAAAUCGCAACAAUUAUCAAUAAGAAAAUUGGAAAUUAAAAAAACUAGUAAAAAUAAAGAUUGCAUAAUUUAUGCAGGAUAUGAUUAUAUCUUCCAUAAAUAUGGAAAGAACGCUAUAUAUUACACAUGCAGAAGAAGAUGUGGAGGAAGAGCUAAAUUUAGUAAUACUGAAUUUAGUAUCACUGUAAAACAUUUAGAAACAUGCAAGCCAAUUCAAAAUGAUUCUCUAAGUCUAACCUCUGACUUUCAAGGUCCAUCUAUGAAACUCCCUGUUCAAGAUGAUUCUCUAAGUCUAACCUCUGACUUUCAAGGUCCAUCUAUGAAACUCCCUGUUCAAGACUCUGAUUGCCCUAAGAAAAGAUAUAUAUCGAUAUCAACACAAACUGACAAUACUCUAUUAAUGGACGCCUCUACACAGACAAAUAUAUCAUUAUUUUCACCAACAUCAAAUGUAUGCACUGCAGAAUGCCAAACUCUUAAUCUACAAGUUUUGGACAUCACAAAUAGUCCAAUUAUGAACCCAGAGGUAAUGGAAGAAAUAGAUGCCCAUAACAGAAUUAUCAAUAGUCCAACUAUCAUUCAAAACAAUCAAUAUAGUUUUAUAACAUCAAAAAACAACAAAAAAAUGAUAUAUUAUAACAAAUUAUUUAUACAGCCAUGA